UCGCUCAUCUCUGUCGAACAUCACCAGAUAAGAAGUGAACGAAUUAUAUUUAUAACAAAUGCCUUCUAUAACUUUUAUAUUAACUUUUAGAAAUUUUUAUUUUCGUGUUAGUACGUUGACAAAACUCAUUUAGCAAUGAACCGUAGUAAAUCACCGUUGCAAUAGCUGCAUUUCCUGUAAUCGAUUAUUCAACUGCAAUACUCCUUUCUCUUUCGGCAAUGAAAGUGUUGGAGGAGGUGAAGGGGAGCUGGUGCUAUGAAUUUGGAUCGCCACGAGUGAACGAAUUUUAUUGUAAACUUUCACGCCUAGAUCUUUUCCGUCGCAGUUGUAACUUCGAUUACACGGCGUUCGUGUCGUUUGCAUUUAUAUCGUAUUAUUGCGCAUCCCUGGAAGCGCGAACGUGAUGUACUCUUUGAAAUGUCAAUUGUUUAAUUCACGGGAAACCCGUGGCUUCAGAUUACGUGCGUGGUUUUUUUCCACAUUGAUCCUUUUGUUAAGCUACAGAUGCGCUGCGCAAAAUUCAGUUGCUUUCCCAAAUCUGCAGAGGAACCAGGCACAAUCUGUAAAUGUGAUAUGCCCAACAAAAGAAAAACUGGGAUUAUUUGAACGUUUAUUACCACUUCCUUGCAACCAAAAUUCUGAUUGUACCAUUCUUGGGGCAGCAGCUUUAUGUUGUGAAAGACGUUGUACACAAGGGGUAGCAGCACCUCCAAGGGAACCACAGCACAAUGCUGUACUAGGAGUAAUAGAUCGUAUUUGUCCCACGAAACCUAUGCCAGAAGCUCUUCCAGUAAAGCGUUGUGCACAAGAUACAGAUUGUGAAAGAGGGAGACGAAUCUGUUGCCCGGACCUAAAAGAUAAGCAGUUAUAUUGUCGCACAGCUGCUCCUAAUUGGACCCAAUUACCAUUUCAACGAACGCAUUCACGCCUAAUGACUUUACUGGAAUACAUGCAGUGCCAAACACCAGGACCAUCGGUAUUGGAUUUACUAAUAAAACCAUGCAAUAGUACAUCUGAUUGUUUCCCUCAAUUAUGUUGUCAAGAAGGAGCAUACAAGGUUUGCAGACCAGCUAGGAAGUCUUGGAUUACCUUAAUCGCUCAAACCACACAGGUAAUAUCUUAUUGGGAAAAUAUGGACUUUUAUUUAAAUAUAUCAUAUCCUAAAGUAUUAAAAUUAUCGAAAGAAAACCAGUAUUAGUUUCAAAAUAUUUAAUGGAUAAUUGUUGACUUCAAGUACUAAUUAAUAAUACAUUUUUCAGAAACUUGUGAGUGAUCCACUGCCAAAUUCCAUUACAACUGAAAUACCUGAACUUGCAUGGUUGAAAUAUACAAA